ACACAAAAAGUCCAAACUUUUGGCUUACGAACCUAGUCCUAUAUUUCUCACUCCUCAGCUUCAAGCUCACUUCACUCCUCUUUCUAUCGUGUCAUGCAAAUCCUAGUAUGGCCUUGAACUUCAACAUUCAUGAUCCAUCACACCACAACCAGGACCAAAGUAAAAAACGAAAGUUCGAAGAUGUUGAUGAUUAUUCAUGCCUGGAAUCACCGUUUUCCACCAUGAACCCCAGAAGGUAUCAGAUAGAGGUGUUUGAAGUUGCAAGACAGAGGAACACAAUAGCAGUGUUGGAUACAGGCUCCGGCAAGACCUUGAUUGCUGUGAUGCUAUUGAAAGAGGUUGGUCAAGAAAUCAAGACUAGUGGUGUAAAGAAGCUGAUUGUUUUCAUGGCUCCCACAGUUCAUCUUGUCAAUCAGCAAUUCAAGAAUAUAAAACAUCUGACAGAUUUUCAAGUUGAGGAAUACUAUGGAGCUAAAGGAGUUGAUGCAUGGAAUUUGAAGACGUGGGAGAAAGAGAUUAGUAACAAUGAUGUACUGGUUAUGACACCCCAGGUUCUUUUGAAUGCCUUAAGAAAAGCAUUCUUGCGUAUAGAAAUGAUAAGCCUGAUAAUUAUUGAUGAAUGUCAUAGAGCUAUUGGCAACCAUCCCUAUACACAAAUAAUGAAGGAAUUUUAUCACCAAGCUGACAAAAAGCCAAAAAUUUUUGCGAUGACAGCAUCACCGGUAGGAAAAAAAGGUGUUACCUCUACUAUGGAUUGUGAGGAUCAGAUAUCUGAACUUGAAAGCAUUUUGGAUUCUCAGAGAUAUACUGUUGAAGAUCGGACAGAGAUUGAUAGAUGUAUCCCUUCUGCUAAAGAGAGUUGUAUAUAUUAUGACCAAGCACGAUUUUCUGCUUUGAGUUUGAAACCUAAGAUUGAAGCCCUGUGGGUCAAGAUGGAUGCAUUAUUAUCAGAAAAUCAUAGUAACUAUAAGGAUGUGGACAAUAAAUUUAAGACGAUGAAUCAGCGGAUGUCCAAUGAACUUGCGAAAAUUAUCCAUUGCCUUGAAGAUCUUGGGCUCCUUUGUGCUUAUGAGGCUGUUAAAAUCUGUCAUGAGAAUUUCUCCAAAAUUGAAGGAGAGUGUGAAAUUUACCGUAAAGGUUAUCUCCAGUGUAUAACUAUUUUUGAAGAAGUAAUCAAAAUAAUAGAAGAAUCCCUCCAUCUUGCUGAUAAAAAGAUUUUGGGGGAUGACUUUGACUAUUCAAAGGCAGAAGAUUUGGGAUUCAUAUCACCAAAAUUACUUGAACUCAUUCAACUUUUCGAGUCAUUUGGAGAAUCUAGUCAGGUUUUGUGCCUUAUUUUUGUUGAUAGAAUCAUUACAGCUAAGGUGAUUGAAAGAUUCAUAAAGAAAGUUCCCCAGAUUUCUCAUCUCACAGUUUCCUAUUUAACUGGAAACACUACUUCGGUGGAUGCUCUGGCUCCUAAGAGGCAGAAGGAGAUAUUGGACUGUUUCCACUCUGGAAAGGUCAAUUUAUUAUUUACUACUGAUGUACUUGAGGAAGGAAUUCAUGUGCGAAACUGCUCUUGUGUGAUACGUUUUGACCUCCCCAAAACAGUUCGUAGUUAUGUCCAAUCACGUGGAAGAUCUAGGCAGGCUAACUCGCAGUAUGUUUUGAUGUUGGAGAGGGGGAACUUGAAGCAACGAAAUCAACUCUUUGACAUCAUUAGGAGUGAGCGAUUUAUGAAUGAUGCUUCUAUUAAAAAAGACCAUGAAUAUAGUACAAGGGCAUUAAUUACGGAGAAAAUAGAUACAUACUAUGUGGAAUCUACUGGAGCAUCUGUCACUUUAGAUUCCAGUGCUAGUCUUAUCAUCCAAUACUGUGGAAAGCUCCCACGAGAUAAGUACUCCUGUGCAAAGCCCAGUUUUGAGUUUAUGCCUGUGGAAGGGGGUUACAAAUGUACGUUGAUAUUACCACCUAAUGCAGCUAUUCAAGCAGUAACUGGUUCUCCAGGAAAAGAUAUUCGUUUGGCGAGGUGUCUUGCUUGUUUUGAAGCUUGUAAGAAGCUACAUCAAAUUGGUGCCUUAAAUGACCAUCUGGUUCCAUUCACUGAAGAUCCUUCAGAUGAUGACCAUAUUGUGCAAAACAAAGACUCGAGUUCUGGUGCAGGAACCACAAAAAGAAAAGAGUUACAUGGAAUGGCCAGCAUUCGUGCAUUAAGUGGUGCAUGGGGAGACAAACUGGAUGGAGCCAAAUUUCAUGCCUAUAAAUUUGAAUUCUCAUGUAAUAUUGUUAGUGAAAUAUACUCCGGGUUUGUUCUUUUGAUUGAGUCAAAGCUUGAUGAUGAUGUGGGAAAUGUAGAAUUAGAUCUUUAUUUAGUCUCAAAGAUAGUUAGAGCUUCCGUGUCUUCAUGUGGGCAAGUUGAUUUAAAUGCUGAACAGAUGAUGAAAGCAAAAUGCUUCCAUGAGCUCUUUUUCAACGGCUUGUUUGGAAGAUUGGUUUCUAGGUCCAAAUCAGCUGGAGGGAAAAGUGAAUUUUUACUUCAGAAAGACACAAAAUCACUGUGGAAUUCAAAACUCUUAUAUUUGCUUCUACCACUUGAGAAAUUGAAUGAUACAUGUGGGGAAUCUUUGCAAAUAAAUUGGUUUGGAAUCAAUUCUUGUGCUGCUGCUAUUGAAUUUUUAAGGAGAAAAUUUUCUUUGGUCACUAAAGAUUGUGGUGAUAAUGGCACAAUCACAACUCCUCCUGAUACAAGGUCAUCAGAGAUGGAAUGUGAAGGAACAAACAGUAUUCACUUUGCUAAUUGUGUGCUGGGCGUUAAUAAUAUAAAAGACACGAUAGUUUUGGCCAUUCACACCGGGAAAAUAUAUUGUAUUCUUGAGAUUGUUCGUAACCUAUCCCCUGAAAGUCCCUUCGAUGGAAACAAAGAAAAAUCAAAGGAAUUCAUAACCUUCUCGGAUUAUUACAGUGAAAGGUAUGGGAUUACACUGAAACAUCCAGGACAAUCUUUGUUACGUUUGAAGCAAAGUCAUAAUCCACACAAUCUUCUUUUUAACUUCUACGGAGAUGCACGAGACAAGUCAUCACAAAAGGGCCCUGCAACCUCAAAAAUGCCAGCACAUGUUCACAUUCCACCUGAGCUUCUAUAUGUUCUUAAUGUUAAAAGAGAUGUAUUGAAGUCAAUGUACUUGCUGCCAUCUCUGAUGUACCGCAUUGAAUCUUUUAUGUUAUCCAGUCAGCUUAGAGAAGAAAUAGAUGGUCAAACUAGCAAGUCCAACAUACCUAGCUCACUGAUUCUAGAAGCACUCACCACUUUGAGAUGUAAUGAAAAAUUUUCAAUGGAACGUCUCGAGUUGCUAGGAGAUUCUGUUUUGAAGUAUGUGGUUAGCUGUCACCUAUUUCUAAAAUAUCCUAAGAAACACGAAGGACAAUUAUCUGCCAGACGAUCAUGGACUAUUUGUAAUUCAACCCUACAUAAACUGGGGACAGAUCGCAAAUUACAGGGAUAUAUUCGAGACUCUGCAUUUGAACCACGCCGUUGGGUUGCUCCUGGACAACAUUCUAUAUACACUUUUCAUUGUGGUUGUGGGUUAGAAACCUCAGAAGUGCCUUUAGAUGGAAAAUUCCAUACUGAAGAUCCAAAAGUUGUGGUUGGGAAGUUUUGUGACAGGGGUCACCGCUGGAUGUGCUCGAAGACUAUUUCUGACUGUGUUGAAGCUUUGAUAGGAGCAUACUAUGUGGGUGGUGGACUCUUUGCGUCACUUAAUGUGAUGAAAUGGCUUGGAAUUGGUGCUGAACUUGAACUAUCCUUGGUUGAUGAAGCAAUCACUGCUGCAUCUCUGCAUACAAGUGUGCCAAAAGAAAGUAUUGCUAGCCUUGAAAAGAAAAUAGGGUAUGAAUUUUCUGUCAAGGGACUCUUACUGGAGGCAAUCACACAUUUGUCUGAGAAAGAAGUUGGGACUGGUUGUUAUGAGCGGCUUGAAUUUCUCGGAGACUCGGUGUUGGACCUGCUUAUCACAUGGCAUCUUUAUGAAAGUCACACAGUUGUUGAUCCAGGGGUGUUGACUGACUUACGCUCUGCUUCUGUCAAUAAUGACAAUUUUGCUCAAGUUGCUGUUAGACAUAAUCUUCACCAGCACCUUCGACAUAGCUCUGGAUUGUUAAUGAGUCAGAUAUCAGAAUAUGUGAAGGUCAAUUCUGAAUCAGAUCCCAAAUCACUCCCAAGCGUUAGAGCUCCCAAGGCACUUGGAGAUCUAGUGGAAAGUAUUGCUGGGGCUAUACUAAUUGAUUCCAAGCUCAGUCUUGAUGAAGUCUGGAAGGCUUUCUAUCCUUUAUUGUCUCCCAUUGUUACUCCUGAUAAACUUGAAUUGCCUCCAUUUCGUGAAUUAAAUGAAUUAUGUGAUUCACUUGGGUAUUUUGUAAAAGUAAAAGAAAAUUCUGAAAAGAAGGGAAGCACAACACAUGUUGAGGUUAGUGUACAGCUGCCAAACGCCUUAUUGGCUAAAGUAGCAUAUGGGGCUAAUAAAAAAACUGCAAAAGGAGAAGCUGCUUUUCAUUUACUGAAGGAACUUGAGAAGAGGGGAAUCUCACAUGGUAGUUUUGUGUCCAAGGGAAAAAGAGAUAAUCCUGACCAUAUCAAAGAUUCAUCGACUAAAAGGCCCAGCUUGGAUGAAACUAACUUAACUGCAAUUAAUAUAUCAAUUAAUAUGAAGAAGGGAGGACCACGGACCACACUAUUUGAAGUGUGUAAGAAACUACAGUGGCCAGUGCCUUCAUUUGAUUCAACAGAAUAUAAAGACAGAUCUUUAUUUAAAUCCUGCGAAGCCCUGGAAGGAAGCAAGGGACUUAACUGUUUUGUGUCGAAAAUUACCUUGUGCAUGCCUAAUUAUGGUAAUAUAGAAUGCAAAGGAGAAGCCAGAGGUGACAAGAAGAGCUCCUGCGACUCCGCUGCAGUUGAAAUGCUUCUUGAGCUACAAAGACUCGGAAAAGUUUCGAUUGAUUCUCCACUUUCUUCUUAGGGGAAGAGAAAGCAAAGGGAAGGGAGUGAAAGGAAAAGAAAAAUAAAAGAGAAUGGCUAGUGCCACAGUUUAGUACACCCCAAAAAGACAUGAACUGUUGUUUUGUGCCAUUGAUCUUUGGUAAAUUGUCUUAGAUUAAUGGUGGAGGACCAUUAGUUUAGAGUAUUUUGGGGAUUCAAAAUUGUGGUACUAGGAUCCAAAGAAAAAAAAAAAGGCUGGAUUGAAAAAAAGGGCAGUGUUUGAGAAGAUUUAGGAGUAAACAAACAGAAGUCCCUUUCCUUUCCUUUCCUUUCCUGGAUGGGCGAAAGAGAAGAAAACUGACACCAAAGCUACCAAAUGUAAUAAUGUAGGGUGUGUUUGGAUAUCCAAAAGCAUUGAAAUGUGUGUUUUCACUUUUCAAUGCAUGAAAU